AUGCAUUUCGACCCUUCGUGUAAGCUCACAGGCGAUAUACAUCUGAGAAACACGUACAUUCUGCUCCCUUCGCCUCACCCCUCUGCUCCUUUCGUCUCAAUCCUUCUCACUCCUCUGAUCCCUCUCCCUCCAGCGGUCGCCACGGCUCACAUCGCGGCAGGCGAGCAGGCGAACGCGGGCGUGCGAGUGCGCGUCGCAACCGCGGCUGCGACUGUCACAAUUGGCGCAACCGAAACUGUGACAGCCAGAAGCCUCAAAACCGAAUUCACCGCGGCAAGCGGGGAAGAGAGCGGCAUACAGGCGGGGGCGGGAGUGGGAGUUGGGGGGGACGGGGGUGGGGCGGUGGACGCAAGUGUCCACGUGGCAACGCAGAUCAAGGUGUCGGGCGUGAGCGUCCCCGUCAGCUUCGACGCCCUCCGCUGCUUCAGCCUUCCCCGGGCGGCGCGCAAGGCGGCGGGAGACGUGCAGGUGUGGUGGCACGGGCUCACGGCCGGCGCCACGGGCGGCAGCACGGGCGGCGGCACGGGCGGCGGCACGGGCGGCGGCACGGGCGGCGGCACGGGCGGCGGCACGGGCGGCGGCAGCAAGAGCGGCGGUGGUUCGCGUGGGAAGGGCGGAGGUGCGGCGUGUAAAGAGCUCAACUUCUUUGCCAACCCGGCCUGCAAGGGCAAGGCGCUGGAUGAGGUGCUGCAGCCGCAGUUUGCCGCUCUGAGGAAAUUCUUCCACGUGCCCAGGUGGGUCAUGACCAGAAGUGCCAGGUGGGUGAUGGGAACGUGGGUUGGAGUGAGUUUACUCUACCAAUGCCUCAGUCAUAGGCCACUGCAGCGACGCACAGUCGUGCCUUGGGUUAUGCGUCCCUAA